AUGGAGACCGCCGCCAGCAUAAUCGCCUUCGUCCAGAUAACGUCAGACAUUGUCAAAUGCAUGAUCAAGGCCAAACAGAUAUGGGAUCAGUCCAAGGACCUUCCAGAGGACAUCCAGGACCUGAUCGUCCGCCUCCAACAAUACAAACCCAUCUUCGAAGACAUGGAGAACCAACUCACCAAUGAUGCCGAUGGCUACUUUUCUAUUUCACGGAAUGACUCGCUUGUGCUGAGCAGUCUCAAGAUCUCAAACCAGGCACAUCAGACACUCGAAGCUCUCGUCACCGACCUCAAGACCCAGCUGAACACCAAGAAGGGGCUUAAACGAAAGCUGGCCGCUAUAAGAAUGGUGAUGGGAAAGGACAAUGUGGAACGUCUGAAAACAAGACUAAGUAGCGCCAUUAAGCUAUUAGAAGCCUCGGUAAGGGCCUAUCAAAUUGCGUUUACUCGACAAGCUCCGGAUUUCAUCGUGCAGAAGCUCACCAAGGAAUUGUGUGCGCGGUUCGAAGUAUCUAAACUGGAGAAAAAGCCGUCUUUGAAAGCAAUACAAGGAGCAAACAACGACGCGUCAAAAAAGCCCAGCGACAAUGAUACAACAAAGGGCCCACAGCUCAUGCUCCCAACAACCUCCCAACCGCCGGCACGAGCCAGAACAUUCUUACCCUCUAAAACCGGUCGUUUCUCUCUAUCCUAUGUCACAACCACUGGAGCUUGGCAGGCUUGUGUGCAAUGGCCGAGCUGGCUCUCACAAAGCGUGGUUGAGAUACAGUCCAACCCGACACUCUGGAGUUCCAGUUACAGCUUCAGAACCUACAACAUCGUUUCCUUUGAUUCUGAAAUAGUUCAAAGAGUCCGGAAUGGCGAUAAGAAUGGAGUACUUGAAUUGUUCCGCAACCGUCAAGCGUCUCCUUUUGAUAAGGACCAAAAUGGGUCUUCAUUGCUCUAUCAUGCGGUGUAUAAUGGGAACUACGAGAUGUGCCGCCUCCUGCUAAACAAUGGGCUCCAAGAAACAUUGGUGGAAACUGUUGGCCAAGACAAAGAGUCCCCUCUAUCCGCUCUAGUUUAUCAGUCCGAGAAGAAACAACCCAAGCAGCCAGAACAGGUGUGGCAGCAAAUAACCGAGCUCUUCCAUUCAUACCUAGACGACCCCGAAAGCACCAUGAUAUUGCGGCUGUUUGACUUUAUCCAGGAAUGGGCUCACGGAGACGAGUAUGUGCUCGUGUUCCAGAAAAGGUUCCUCAAGAAGUUCUACACCGGACCGCUUCUAAAUCGGCUUGAAGCCUUCCGGCUCGGUUCAUUCCAUCUUAAAACCCCACGAGCCCUGAUGCAGCUCAUCGCGGAAGACAGACAAGUCACAAGUUUGGACGUUGAGCAGUCCAGUCAGGGAAAGCUUUCGCUAGUUCAUUCGGUAGCUGUGGCAUUGGGCAUACGUUUUGCCGACGAAGUACUUCCGUACAAACGGGCGUGGUGUCAGUGGCGCGUUUACAACGACGGAUGGAGUGAUGCGGUUAGAGCGGUAGCUUCGGUUGCAACACCGGAUGACCUCCACGAAGUCGAGACGGUGAGCCCUUGGGAUGCUUAUCACGUUCCUAGUUGGAGAGGAACACCACUGGUAUCCGUGCUUGGAGGCGCUCUCUGCUACGUUUCACCAGACAUCACGUUCUUUCACUGGGAUGCUGUGUUCCAGGGGACCGUUCGGCAGUGGGCUCAGGAUCUUCACGAGGCGGGAGUCAACUUGGUUGAAUACGGAAAGCGGGAAGCAGUCAUGCUGAAGGACCAGCUACGAGGCGCCCUGGACGCGGACGCCAUUGAGUCGUCGAGACAUCAAGUCAAGAACCCAAUGGCAGGCUCGGCCGAGAGUUUAAGAGUCGGCCUCUGCAAGCAGGGAAGAUGGAACCAGAACCACUGGGUCCCUAUCCGGCUGCUCAGUCUGGAGUUUGGGCCGCGCGUCGAGGAUUGGAGGAUUGUGUGGGCACCAGAGUUUGAAUGGAUGGCGUCCCAAUUUUGGGAGAUGGUUGAGAGAAGGGAGACCAGCGCCAUGCCCGGGUCAUGGAUUGACUGA